CUCUAGAAAUCUUAGUGUUUGUUAUGACACUUUCUCUCGCUGCAGCAUCAACAACUUUGGCUGAAAAUGGCAGCUAUAAGUUCACUAUCAAGUUCUCGAUGAAUUCGAGUAACAAUAGUAACUCAGAUGUGAGAUUUGGGCUAACAGUUGGAUCUACAAGUACUCCUCUGACAAAUCUCUAUUAUGCAACUGGAGCCUGAGUCAAUGUGGGAACUUCCAAUUAUCAACUCAGCACGACUAAUGCUACUUUAAAGGGUUUCGGAGUGGAAUGGAGAUGUGGCGCUUCUUGUUCAUCUUUAAGCACAGUCUACACAACUGUCGUUUACUAUGCUGGUAUGACAUGGGGACAAGAUACCUCACAUGUAGCGAGUGUAGCAACUGCAAGCACUAUUUCGACUCCAGCGGGAAGUAAUACUCACAGUGAUAGUGACAAGUCAGUAUAUUACACUUUGAGUGGAUUGACUCCUUCUCAGUUAGCAUCAACUGUAUACCUUCCAAACCAGACUGAGACUUGGUAUGUUAGAUGCUUCGGAGACUUCAACCAUGCGACUUCCAAAGGACUGGGUGGCGCUGUUGCAAACCUUGCAACCACGAUUGGAAAUGGAAAGAACCUUACGAUCAAAGGCAGUGGGUACCAAGUGGCUGCCAUCCUUGCUGUUUCAGGAUCCCUAAUCGCUUCCCUUGCUUAGGCGAGUAAUUGAGCUCCUAAAACUUGUCAUACAUCCUGAUUCUUACAUUAUCCAUUUUGUCUAUUGAGUAGUUGAUAGCAUGAAAGUGAGUACCUACAAGUAUCAAUCUGGGGUUAUAUUUCCACAUUUAUCUAAAUCUUUACUAAACUUUUUGCUAUAUGCAUCGAAGGCAUGAGUUUCUGCUAAUCCACGUUGAAAUACUCUUCAUAAUAGUCCAAGCACCUAAAACCUCAUUAAACAAUAUAUUCUGGGUCAGAUUUUGCCCAUUUAGUUAUCAAAUCAUGGCUGGUACUGGUCCAGGUGCUUCCAUGGUGCCAAAUACUGCUCAACCUCCCUUGGGCAUAUCCUUCCUGACUAAGGUUGGGGCUACAGUUACUUUUAUUGGGUUACUCACUCAUAUCUUUCAUUAAUAUUUAGAACUUCAAAAGUGAUGUCACUAUUUG